UCUAUUCUCUUUGACUAUUUUUAGAAACUGUGAAUUUCCCAGCCCUUGUGUCUGUUCGUGGGUUUUCCAAAAUUCUCUGCUUGUCGCAAUGUCUAAAACAUGUUUGGUUGUCAGAAGGAAUGUUUCAGAGAAUUAGUCCAUGUUCUUUGCCUAAACAAUAACUUGGCGAACUUAGAAGUCAAAUUCUUGAUUUAAUCUUGUCAUAAUGUGAUUCUACUGUAGUCCUGGUGGAAAUCCUUGUUAAAAUUUUCACUUUGUUCUUAACAUACUUUCCAUUUGCGGAUACCUUCAGCCUUUGGAGCCCUAAUCAUUAGCAAAAGUCAACUAAUCAUUUUUCAUUAUCAUUUCCUCUAGCCUUUAUCCAAUUAUAAUGAUCGGAGAUUCAACGGAAAUAAUUGAGGAAAACACGGAGAGUCAACAGCAGAGGCAACAAGACUUUGUCUUAGAGAUACCAACAAGAACUUUGGAGGAUGCACGAGAAGAAUUUGUGCCAGUUCAAAUGCCUGCAGCACCAAGUCCUACCCCCAGAAGGGUAAAUUUUUCUCCCAUUCCUAGCCCCAGCUUUCUAAAAACGAAUGAUCCCUUAGAUCCUCCUACAUCGAAAACUAAAUCAACCAUAAGAAGUCUCCUUCCAAAGUUAAGUUUCAAAUAUCGGAAUACCACUUUGGAUAUUGAAAAGGCUGCUAUAUUAGCACUAGGAGGUUCAUUUGUGGCAACAGAGAAGAAGCCUUUCCUUUCUAGGACAGUCUCUCUCACAAAGCUUUUUACACCUAGGACAAAGAGGACCUCAUCCUUACCAGUUACCCCUGUUGCUCACUCCAAUCCAGAGUCUACACAUGGAGGAUAUGCUAUCAAUCCAUCAACUUAUUCUAAAGCAGAUGCCCAAAAACCCAUUCACCGUUCACAAUCUGUCCCUGUGCUUAACAAAGUGGGAAGUAUAAGGCAGUGGGAUUCUUCAGGUGGCAUAUUUCGUGUGAUUCCAACUACUCCACGAGCAGUUGAGGUGGUCACGUCAACACCAAUGGCAUCCCCCAGGGGUAAUAAUGAUGAAAACAAUGAUAGCGGUGAAAAUAUUCCAGAAGAAGAAGCAGUUUGCAGAAUCUGCUUGAUUGAACUGGGGGAAGGCGCUGAGACCCUCAAGAUGGCAUGCAGCUGCAAAGGUGAACUUGCACUAGCCCACCAAGAAUGUGCGGUAAAAUGGUUUAGCAUAAAAGGUAACAAAACAUGUGAUGUAUGCAAGCAAGAGGUCAAGAACCUACCAGUUACUCUUUUAAGAGUUCAAAAUUUUCGAGGAGGUAGAGCUCGGUCAGCUGAAAUUGCUCAAUACAGGGUUUGGCAGGAUGUUCCCAUUCUUGUCAUUGUCAGCAUGCUUGCUUACUUUUGUUUUCUGGAGCAGCUUCUGGUGGCAAAACUUAAGUCUGGUGCAAUUGCCAUUUCUCUCCCAUUUUCCUGUAUAAUGGGACUGCUUGCAUCCAUGACAUCGACAACAAUGGUAAGGAGAAGGUAUGUCUGGGUUUACGCAACUGUUCAAUUUGGAUUGGUUGUCCUAUCUGCUCAUCUUUACUACUCAUUAAUGCAUAUGCAGGCUGUUUUGUCAGUUCUCCUCGCCACAUUCACUGGGUUUGGAGUUACAAUGUCUGGAAGCACUGUUCUAGGUGAGAUUUUCAGAUUGAGGCGAAGAUGGCUUGAUCGACAAAAUGAACACCUUGGAUCACAGAGUGCAACACGGCCAGAUCAACUACCUGCAGCUGCUAAUCAGACAGUGACAAAUCCUGACCGCAUACAAUUUGAAGUAGGAGGUUCAGAAACUACACAUGGUAUAUAAUUUGGUUUAAAUUAUGUUGUUUUGCUGCCAUAUCCAUUGGCAUAAACAUUAUGGGUUGUGCUGUUUAGGGUACAUACAUAUAUAUAUUAUAUAUAACACAAGAAAAAGCUGUAUUCCUGUGUGUUUUUUCCCCCUUUUACUAUGCAUAGUUGGAAGCUUUUGGGUGUAUAA